ACCUUUAAAAGUGUUUUUCUUCGAUUUGUAUUUCUGCAACGCUGACCACCGGGUGUCAGUUUGUGGUGUCGGUGACGAAAUGACUUACAAAGGUUUUUUUUCUGGGCGAGCACAAGUCAAGGUUGUGAGUAAGGUCAUGUCCAAAGUUUCUGGCAGCUGCUGGAAAUUAAAAUCAAACACUUUCGAUCUCAGGCUGUGCUCCUUGGUCAUAUAUGGGCCGAUGUGGCCGGCAGCCAUAGGCGCCUUUACGUGCCAGCGGCCCGACCACGUUGUAGCUGCGUCCUUCGCAAUUCAGCAUACCAGCUAGCUGGGAGUAAGAAUGAUUAGCCUCCCAAAUUAUUAUUAUUAUUAUGUGUAAACAGAUGACAAUAGCAGGUCAAUACAUGUAUGUGCACAAAGUCGACUGAACAUGGGAACAUUAUUGGCUUUUGUACAGUUACAUGUAUUUUAGCAUAACAACAAAUGGAUAAUAUGCAUUAUGAGAAAAUAAAUGAUACAGUUCCUGGCUGAAUAAUUUCACAGUACCUACCUUCGUAUUGGUACCAGUUCUACCUUCACUUUGAGGAUUUUCGAGUUAAAUAGAUAGGUAUGUUUCUGGGUUUAUUGUAAAUGUUCCUGCUGUAGAUUCGUGCUACGCAUGGAGGAGGCGAAGAUGCAGAGUCUGUACUUGCAUGAAUGUACAGUCCAGUUUCGACUUAAGCUAUGUCCUGUAAUAAUGUGGUGGUCAAGCAGACAGUGACCCGAAGUCGUUUCGAUGCCAGCGAGCGUUGAACUGACAAGGCCAAGGGAGCAGGCUCGUUGUGGGGCAGUCUACCACAAGGCACACCCGGAUUAUCCAAUUGGCACAGCAGUAAGCUCUGUGCUAGGGCCUACAGAAAAAAAAUGGGGGCCUACAAAAAAUAUUUAGGGCCUGUGAAAAUACCAGAGUGUACCAACAGGCUUUUUGAGGUGCCAGUUAAGCCAGGCUUGCCGAGUACAGCUUAGCAUCGGCAUGAAAUUAGUGCUGGUGCCGAGGGCGGAGUAGGGGCUACGAAACACUGGUACCUAGGGCCUAUGGAACAGUUAAUCCGGCCCUGGACACGGGGAACACACUCUAUAGCGCUGUUAUGCACACUACAGAAACAUGCUCGGGAAUGGGGAACUUCCAUUGAAUUGGUCAGGCAACUUGGGGUCUCACUACUUUAGUUAAUGACCUAAUAAGGCGGGUCCUUAGGUGCGUCCUGCACAGGUACCCUUCCUAGUAUGAUAUUCCCUCCCAUCGUCAAGCCUUAUAAUGAACUGCUUUCCUGUUUCAAUCAGGUUUCUCACUCACCGGAACUACGUCCAGUGCUCCUCCUGGGAGACUGACCACCGUGUGCUCUGUACUGCACACUCUUAAAAAACACGUUUUGCACCAUUGCUCUUGAGAACAGCAAGAGAGGGCACAAUGAAUAGGGUGCAGUGGAAAAGCGCAGCAUGGAAGAGGGUGAGCACACGGGUGGCAUGCGCUUUAUAUACCCGCGCUGGGUACAAAGCAACUCGCUCGCAGUACAACGGACGGAAGUCUGUGUACCAACCAACUAUGGCUGGCCUAGCUAGCACACCAAUAUUAACUGUUCCGCUAGAUUGUAUUUGCCGUGUCCGAUUACAUAAUCUUAGUAAACACAUCAAGGGUAAUAAAAUAUUAGCUUACUGUAAGUGCUGACAGCUAUCUUGUAUUCUGUUUGAUUGAAAUAAACAAACCAAUCAAUAUAUUCUGACGGUGCACCUUUGACCCAUGCUUAGUUUUAUUUACCCUUGUGUUGCUUAUAUCCGUUCACCAUUGUCAUUCUACGAAACGAUAAGUGAAAUCAUGGCGAAGGCAUCUACAUUGCAAGCUAGGCGUCAGGUUACGAGAGUGUCCAAGCAAAGCGAAUGUGGAUGGGGAAUUGUCGUGGUCAUUGCUGCCCAUGUCGGCUUGGCAUCGACUGGUAUCCUGCGAUGCAGUGGGAUCAUGUAUCUUCCCUGGAUGAAUGAGUUCGACUUGAGCGCCAAGGAGACGGCGGCCAUUCAAAGUUUCAUGUCAUCCCCAGCAGGCUUCUCAGUUCUCAUUGGAGGAGUUCUAUGCAACCACUUUGGGUGUAGAUUUACGGGUAUACUAGGAGGGUUCUUGAUGUGGCUUGGUCUCUUCUGUACCUAUUUGGCCAACGACAUAGUUCAGCUCUACGCAACUGCUGCCAUAAUGGGUAUUGGAACUGGCAUUGCUGUCAACGCGUCAAGCGUCAUUAUCACCUUUUAUUUCACGAAGAGAUUCAAUGUGGCCAACGCUGUUACCUGCGCGGGAUAUGGGACGGGGAUAAUGGCAAUCCCUCCGCUUCUCCAACUUUUGCUGGACAGGUACGGGUGGAGGGGUGCUUGUUUAGUCACAUCCGCAAUCAUGGCAAACGUCAUACUCUGUGGCGUGCUUUUCCGACCUCGUCAAUUCGGCCUGGAACGGAACAAGACCGCGUCUGCAACGAACUCACAAGAGGAUCUGAGACAGCAGCCCUCAGGUGAAAACGACGACGAUACUGAUGAUGACGAUUAUACCGAUGGAAGUACCGGUGAAGUUACAGAUGAACCCAAUAAUUCAACAGCGAUACCGGUACGAUAUAUCAAUAUAAGUACGGGCGAUAAAACUGAGUAUAAGCGAUCCAGACAAGUGGUGAAACUUCUUAAAAGAUUGUCGGACGAAAUCGGGCUGAACAUCAUGAGGAAAAGCUUCCGUUUUCCCUGACCUGUGUCAUACAGUUGUUGUAUAGCUGUGGCUAUGCGGCAUUUCCACUGUUCCUCAUCCCACGUGCACAGACCAUUGAUGUGGCGCCCUCUAGUGCCGCAUCCUUGCUGAGCAUGCUUGGCAUAGGGAGCGUGAUUGGUUACCUAGGCAACCCACCGAUGAUCGGCUGGAGAAUCUCAGCGGAGCACGUGACGGCCAUUUGUGCGGGCCUGACAGGAAUUGCGUGCCUUCUGGUUACUGCAGACGGCUAUGCCUAUUUUGCAGUGGCUUCAUUCAUUUACGGCUUCGCUUCUGGAGCUUUUUACGCCAUCUUCUACGUUCUGUGUCGCAAAUUUGUUGGUGUGCAGCACUACGCCCUAGGAGUCGGAUUGAUGAACGUUUUUAUUGGCACCGGCUACUUCAUAGGAUCGAUACUUGCAGGAUGGAUCUUUGAUGCUACAAGGAGCUAUGUUGCUGUGUUCUACAUGUUGACUGGGGUAUACUUCACUUGCGCAUUCAAGUGUCUACUUUUACCUCUACUGAAACGCAUAGAGCCUGGAUUAGAACCCAAAGUAUCGGAUGAAUAAAGUAUCUGAAUAGGGCCAGCUCAAUAUACUUUACGAUUGCUCACGGACACGACAUUUUUAAUUUGAUCUACUAUAUUCAUGAUUAAUAGUAGAUCUAAUUAAGCCGGUGAAGGGCAAAAACCUAUUGAUUUACAUCACCCCGACGCAAAAUUCCAUCUUAUGAAUA